AUGACUUUAUUAAGUGAUGAUGAUGGCUUGGGGAAAAAAGAACAGGAGAUGGAAGAAUUCAUGCACUUGAUGUAUGCCGUCGAAAAAACAGCAUGGAAAUCGUCUUUCAGCGCACCGGUGGCCAAGCGGUUGGAGAUCGGAGCCAAAGUGCUAGAUGCGGGGUGUGGGAACGGUAACUGGAUACUCGAACAGGCAAACAAUUACCCGGCAUCAGAAUUUAUAGGUCUAGACAAGACAUCAUCGGUAUUCCCAAGCCAAAUACGACCUAUGAAUGUGUACUUUAUGCGAGGCAAUUUAUUAACGAGAUUACCAUUCGACGAUGAUACUUUUGAUUACGUACGAAUGAGCAACAUGUUAACGGUAUUCAACAAGGAAAAUUACGAAAAGGCCAUCACCGAACUUGUUAGAAUAUUGAAACCUGGCGGAUACAUUGAACUAAGCGAAUUUGAGCAUUCUCCUGAAGCCGGUCCAUACUUUGCAAUGUUUAGCGAGGAAUUUAAACUCAAAGCCCAAAGCGAAAAGCAUGGAGAACAAUCUUUUCAACCAUCCGAAUCAUUACCAGAUUUGCUCAGUCAUACUUACGUCUUAACUUCGCUUCAGAAGGCUCAUCAACGUCUUCUUAUAGGUGGUCGUGGGGGUCGCUUGGGAAUGGCAUCGUACGAAAUGAUUAAAAUGUGUUUUGGGGUGAUCCAUGAAGAACUCUUAAUGUCUAAAUGGGCAUUGAACAAGGAAGAGUAUAUGGAAAUUGUUGCUGCACUUUUGGAGGAAUUAAAUGAGAGAGAGAGUUGGGUAAAUAGUUAUAGGCAUUGGGGGCGAAAAAUAGUUGGGAGGUGCGAUGGGAUUGGAAUGGGCGGCUGUAUAAUGUGA